AUGUCCACAUCCACAUCGACCGCACCACUCCUUCCCACAUUCCGACGACAGCAAUUAGUCCUUGACUUUUCCUCACUCCGCGACGAAUGCCCUGACGGGAUUUAUCUCUCCCUCGUCCCAGGCAAACCUUCACUAUGGGGCGGUGUCUUCUUUGUUCGCAAUGGGCCCUACGCUGAAGCCAUCCUGCGGUUCCAGCUAUCGUUCCCAGACACAUACCCCUCCACACCCCCCUUGGUCACGUUCUCCACUGAUGUCUUCCACCCGCUCGUCGUGCCUAUGACCACUUAUACGUUCAGUGCCAAUGUCGAUACCUCAAGUACCGUCAGUGCGUCUGAUGAACACAGAUUACCGCCUGGCGCGUUCAGUCUAAGAUAUGGCUUUCCAGACUGGUUUGCGCAGGGAGGGACAUUGAACGAUACAUCGAUGGCGCGCAAGACUGAGAAUGAGAGUGAAGACGCAGAGAUAGCACAGGUAGAGGGCGGAAAGAAAUCUACACAGGAUCCGAGUACGCUGCCCUCCAGUCCGGAACGAAUACCAGCCCAGAAGGACCGCAAAUCCACCCUCCUAUCACUCCUCCACCACAUAAACGCUUCCUUCUCUGACCCUUCGGUCCUCGACGCCCUCCCACUCGCAUCCGCAGGAAAUCCAGGAGCCUGGCACGCCUGGCGCGCUCAUCGCAACAUCACCAAUCCCACAUCUAGUACUAACACCGCUACUGGCGCCGACACACUAAAUACACAAACCCCCGGAUCAGCAACCGGCUCCCUGUCAUCCACCUCCCCUUCUUCACCAAAGAACCCUGCUGCAUGGAAAUGGGACGGCGUGUGGGAAUCGCGGGUCGACAGCGCCAUCCGUGAGAGUAUUGCCGAGAACACACUGUUCGGGUCUUCCGGCGCGACAGGGGCAUCUGGCCCUGCAACACUUGGGAUGGGAUUGUUCGCUGGUGCGAGAGGAGAUAGUUCAGGUUCGAGAUUUGGUACUUCUCCUGGUGGUGCCUUUGGAGGAAUGGGCUCUAGUGCUGCCGGCGGAGUUUCGAAUCUCGAUGACAGGCAGAGGUCUCAAGCGCUUGCAGAUAGGCAGAUUCGCUUUGCGAAGUUGCCGGAUGAUGGCUUACUGGAUGUUCGCCGAAGGGUCGGGCUGGCGGCUUCUGUGGUCGAGGGUGGAAGGUGA